CAAGUUGCAAAGUGUUCUCUCCCCAAUGGCUAAUCACCACCGACUUUUACGCGGCGGCGGAUCUCCGGCGAUAACCGGUGGCAGAAUCAGACUCACAGCUUUCGCUUCCACUAUUGCACUCUUCCUCUUCACUCUCUCCUUCUUCUUCGCUUCCGAUUCUAACGAUUCACCUGAUCUCCAUCUUCCCGGUGUUGAGUACUCUAAUGGAGUCGGAUCUAGAAGAUCCAUGUUGGAUAUUAAAUCGGAUCCUCUUAAGCCACGGUUGAUUCAGAUCCGGAAACAAGCUGAUGAUCAUCGGUCAUUAGCAUUAGCUUAUGCUUCUUACGCGAGGAAGCUUAAGUUAGAGAAUUCGAAACUCGUUAGGAUCUUCGCUGAUCUCUCGAGGAAUUAUACAGAUCUGAUUAAUAAACCGACGUAUCGAGCUUUGUAUGAUUCUGAUGGAGCUUCGAUUGAAGAAUCUGUGCUUAGGCAAUUUGAGAAAGAAGUUAAGGAACGGAUUAAAAUGACUCGUCAAGUGAUUGCUGAAGCUAAAGAGUCUUUUGAUAAUCAGUUGAAGAUUCAGAAGCUGAAAGAUACGAUUUUCGCGGUUAACGAACAGUUAACUAAUGCUAAGAAGCAAGGUGCGUUUUCGAGUUUGAUUGCUGCGAAAUCGAUACCAAAGGGAUUGCAUUGUCUUGCGAUGAGGCUGAUGGAAGAGAGGAUUGCUCACCCUGAGAAGUAUACUGAUGAAGGGAAAGAUAGACCGUCGGAGCUUGAGGAUCCGAAUCUUUACCAUUACGCUAUAUUUUCGGAUAAUGUGAUUGCGGCGUCAGUGGUUGUGAACUCUGCUGUGAAGAAUGCUAAGGAGCCGUGGAAGCAUGUCUUUCAUGUUGUGACUGAUAAGAUGAAUCUUGGGGCGAUGCAGGUUAUGUUUAAACUGAAGGAGUAUAAAGGAGCUCAUGUAGAAGUUAAAGCUGUUGAGGACUAUACGUUUUUGAACUCUUCGUAUGUUCCUGUGUUGAAGCAAUUGGAGUCUGCGAAUCUUCAGAAGUUCUAUUUCGAGAAUAAGCUCGAGAAUGCGACCAAGGAUACCACGAAUAUGAAGUUCAGGAACCCCAAGUAUUUGUCUAUAUUGAAUCACUUGAGGUUUUAUUUACCCGAGAUGUACCCGAAACUACAUAGGAUACUGUUUUUGGACGACGAUGUGGUUGUGCAGAAGGAUUUAACCGGGCUGUGGGAGAUCGAUAUGGAUGGGAAAGUGAAUGGAGCUGUAGAGACUUGUUUUGGGUCGUUCCAUCGGUAUGCUCAAUACAUGAAUUUCUCACAUCCUUUGAUCAAAGAGAAGUUUAAUCCCAAAGCAUGCGCGUGGGCGUAUGGAAUGAACUUCUUUGAUCUUGAUGCUUGGAGAAGAGAGAAGUGCACAGAAGAAUAUCACUACUGGCAAAAUCUGAACGAGAACAGGGCUCUAUGGAAACUGGGAACAUUACCACCGGGACUGAUCACGUUUUACUCGACCACAAAGCCUCUGGACAAAUCAUGGCAUGUGCUUGGGCUGGGUUACAAUCCGAGCAUUAGCAUGGAUGAGAUCCGUAACGCUGCAGUGGUACACUUCAACGGUAACAUGAAGCCAUGGCUGGACAUAGCUAUGAACCAGUUUCGACCACUUUGGACCAAACAUGUCGACUAUGACCUCGAGUUUGUUCAGGCUUGCAAUUUCGGCCUCUGAACUCUGAAAUUUUUUCUUUAUCAUCAAAAUCUGAAAGCAUAUGUUGGUACUUAAGCUCUACGAACUUUUAACCUUAGUUUUUGUUUGUUGUUUAUUUAUAUAUUUUUGAGGGUUUAGUAGAAUACUUGUAUUUUGUUCAUAGCUGUCGUAAUUCUAUGGCAACCUAUAUCAAAGCUUAAAUAUAUUAUAAAGUUUGACAUCGUAU